AAAUAAUUUGCGAAAGACAAAAAAGAAAGAAUAUUCAGGCAUUGACUUUGACAAGCCGGCGUUGACCGUCACGUGAGAGUCACGUGCUCCAUAUUUUCUCUAUGUGCACCCCUUUUCCCUCCAAAAUAUCAGGGUAUAUAAACCCUUUGAAACCUAAAAAAAUAAUCUGGGAAACUCUUCAACUCCUGCUGCGCCAUCAAUGAGGUCUUCAUUAAUGAAGCGUCAUCAAUGAGGUUCGAAAAAUUCAACCAAUAAGCACAAGGGAAGGCGUCAUCAUCAAGGAAAAGGAAGAGGAACGAGACAAGAGUCAACAACUACCUAAAUUACAGAGUGAUCCACAAGGACAGGUUUAACGGUAGGAUUCAAGUAGAACAAAGCUGGUUUAAAUUGAUGGAGCCUGUUACUAUUAGGUUGUUUCAUGGGGGGCAAUUUGUAUCUAGAAAUAACAAAACUACGUAUGAGAGGGGUGAUAAUCCUAAGGCUGGUAUGUCAUUGCAUACAAAUGUGGAGGAGAUAUGUUACUUUGAAUUUGCAGAUUGGAUUAGGAGGGAAUUGGGAUACGAAAAAGUAGGUCAGAUUUGGUUUAGGAGGCGAGGGUGUAGUUUACAUGGGAAUGGAAGGAAAGAGAUCAAGAGUGAUGUUGAGAUUCCCGAUUUUUUGAGUGCACCCGAGAAGGAUGGGUCGUACCAAUUGUAUGUGGUACAUGGUGAGAAGGAGUAUGAUGAUAGGAGUCAUUUUCCUACACAUGUCAAGUGGUAUAGUGAUAGUGAUUUCCAAUCAAGUGGUGGAGGGAGCAAUUCUGUGAGUGGUGACUCAUCAAUGGGGGGCCCACUGGUGGAUCUAGUCAGCAGUACAGUCAGCAGCACUAGUCAAAACCCUAAUUCCAGUCAACACUCCACACAUUGCCACACUUUUAAAAGCUUGCCUCCACACACAAAUCAGUCCAAAUCACUUCCACCAUCCAAUCUGUCCAGGGAAAUCCCACCCCCUUCAACAAUACCCCUUCAUUCCACACCCAGAUUUCUCAAAUUUUCCCCACUACUAGAGCAGGCAGUGAGACAAAAAAUUCCCACAGUGUCCCUUUUUAAGAGAACACUUGCUGAAAAGGAGGCACUGCUUAAACACAAAUCAGCUGGGGGUGAGGGAAGAGUUUCUGUGAGUGAGGGAGGAGCAUUUGGGAGUGAAAGUUAG